AUGGGUUCAAGUAAAUCAACACUAAAACGAUCUAUAUUACGAGGUGAUGAAAUGCAAGUUUUACAAGUCUAUCGUUCACGUUCGGAUAUUCGACGUCAUAUUGAUCCUAAUCAUGUAUUGAACGAAGAUGGAGAUACAUUUGUGCACUAUGCAAGUCGUUUUGCUAUGAAAACAUUUCUCAGGAGCAAGAAGAGUAUGUAG